AAUCAUGGGCAUGGGGCGGGGCUGGAGGACUAGGAACCUCUGCACGUCCUGCCCCGCCGGAAGUGGAGGCCACGGGCUCUGAGCGGCCCCUGCCCGGAUGGCAACAGUAGUUCUAGGGGGAGACACCAUGGGCCCUGAGCGUAUCUUCCCCAAUCAGACUGAGGAACUGGGACCACAUCAGGGCCCUUCAGAAGGCACUGGGGAUUGGAGCAGUGAGGAGCCUGAGGAAGAGCAGGAGGAAACGGGGUCGGGCCCAGCUGGCUACUCCUACCAGCCCCUGAGCCAAGAUCCUGAACAAGAGGAGGUGGAACUGGCACCAGUGGGGGAUGGAGAUGUAGUUGCUGACAUCCAGGAUCGAAUCCAGGCCCUGGGGCUUCAUUUGCCAGACCCACCAUUACAGAGUGAAGAUGAAGAUGAGGAGGGAGCUACAGCGUUGAACAACCACAGCUCUAUUCCCAUGGACCCAGGAAUGUAUAAUGUACAAAAUAGAAGACUGCCUCAAGAAGAAAGGAGAGAUAAAGCUGAGCAGCAGCUGAAAGAGAAUGUAAGUUCUAGAAAAUGAAAAUUGCCACCAUCCAAUUCGUUUAUUGUAAGUGAAAAUAAUUGUUAAUUAUUGGAAAUGUAGUGGGACAUGAUGGCUUAUGCUUGUAAUCCCAGCACUUUGGGAGGCUGAGGCCUGAGGAUCUCCUCAGACCAGGAGUUCGAGACCAGCCUGGGCAACACACAGAAACUGUCUCUACAAAAAAUAAAAAAUUAGUCGAGGCGCAGUGGCUCAUGCCUGUAAUCCCAACACUUUGGGAGACCUAAGCAGGUAGCUCACUUGAAGCCAGGAGUUCGAGACCAGCCUGACAAACAUGGUGAAACCCCAUCUCUACUGAAAAUACAAAAUUAGCUGGCACACAAAAUACAAAAUUACAGGUGGUGGCACACACCUGUAAUCUCAGCUACUUGGGAGGCUGGGGCAGGAGAUUCUUUGAACCU